AUACGUCAUCACGUCAAGCUACGUAACGUCUUCGUCAUCCCCUGUAGCCGCCAUAGGCUUUAGCUAUUUAGCUAGUAUGGCUUCCUGUUUCGUCUGUUUAUAUCCACACUAAAGAUGGAAUAUUAUUUGCUGUCUUUAACACAUAAUUUUAUUAAGUGCCACCGUCAGCGGGACAUCAUACCGCCGGGCCCGGAAGCAGAAGGCAGGAGGAGGACAAACCAUGCUGUUCUCCCAGCUACCAGAGGAUAUUCUCUAUCAUAUCUUGUCAUGUUUGGACUACAAGUCUCUGUGUCGCUUGUCUCAAGUUUGUAAAAGGAUUUAUUACUUUGUCAACCGGGACGUUGUAUGGAGAAAGAUAGCCAAAGAGUUUUUAAACACUGGAACUACUCGAAAUGGGACGGACAGGUAAGCACAACUUACGGCAUAAACUUCACUGUUGCCUCAGUUUAUGUUUGCUGGAUUCGAACAGCCUCUUUUUUAUGUCGUUUAUUUAUAUAGAUUCACUAGGUCGUGGUAACGUACCGCAGUACAGGUGUGUACCCGAAAUUUAGGCUAAAAGCUCCCAAUGCUCAGGGGCGUGUCCAAAGGUGGGGACUGGGAGUCACACGGGCCCCUUAUGGGAUGUGAUUUAUUACCUCUGGUGCCACCCUACAAACCCUCAACUGUGAUUUCCGUGUUCGAGACAGGAGCUGUGUUAAUAUUAGGUAGUUUCUUUACAUUUGGAUGAGACCUUCUUUGUGUUAGUGCUUACACUAUUAUUAAUUUUUUUAUUAAAUUAUUGUUGAAUUUCCCUUUGAGGGUAAAUAAAGUUCUUCUUAUCUUAUUUUAGGAGGCUAGUUCAUAGGGGAAGAAUUAGUCAAUGAAAGAUUGCAUUCAUUUUUGACAGCUGGGCAGUGUGACAUGCUGGUAUAAUGGUAUUUAUGUUUUUUGUAGUGAUUAGGGCUAUAGAAAAUGGAUCAAUUCAUCAGUGGGAUUGAAAAUUUGUAAUUUAGUGUACUUUUGCCUGCAGGCAGUCUGAAUGUGUAGCAGGUCUUGUGGGUCCACCUUAUAGAUCACCCCACACCCAGGAACAGAGGCUUGUUUAUUUUACUUCAUCCCCAAUUUCUCCUGAAGUUUCAUCAUCAUAAACCGAGUGAUAGCAUGUGGGUAAAGAAAAAGCAAACUGUAAGAGGACCAUGCAUUUACUGAACACAUUACAUGGCAUUUCAUCCUCUCCAGCAGUCUAUUAUGGUUUCCUGUCCUUUUUAACCACAAAACUUUAAACCACACCGACAAUCACAUAACCUAAACUCAAGUAACCCUUUUACACCCCAUAUCAUCUACAACUGUGAUUAAAUGUAGCUUACAGUGUUUAAAUACUUCAGCAUGUUCUCACAGAAUUCUGAAAAAUGUAAGUGCAAAAGGGACUAUUGUCCCAUGCUUUCCUGGUACAGCAUAUCAGCUGCUUAACAGUUUGGGAUCUUUAUGUUCAUUUUUUCAUUAUUUGUGUGAUGAUGCACCAAAUAUUUUCAUGGAGUGACAUAUGUGGUCUGUAGACCAGUCUCCUCUGUAUGGAGCCAUGCUGUUGGCCACUGUGCGAUAUACAAAGACUUAUCUUACCUAAUGUAGUUUGGUAUUUUCUUGCUUAAACUUUCUGAUUUGCCUUCCUUAAAAAAAGUCAGUCUGAACUGCAGAAUAUGUCACCCCGAAACUUGUAUAUGAUGUUCAGCACUGAUGAGGCCUCACAAAGUAAGCUGCUCCAGUAGGCAUGUUGCUUUUGAACUGUGCGCUGACAACAAGCCCUGUGGUUUUUACCCACUUCAUAGUGGAGGAUGCAGCAUCCAUGAUUUCCUAAGAGACUCUAAUUUUGAUUAGUCAGACUACUGGAAAGUCAUCCACUUCUCCUCAGUCCAUCUUGUUGAUGCAGUAAUGAGCUAUUUUAGUGGUUUUGGGGAUGUUUUAAUCCUGUGCAGUGAUUUCCUCUGCAAAGUCCUCCACUGCAGAAAACCCGGCAGACCGUUAAUAAACAUUAAAACAAAAAUGAUCACAAACUGUGAUACACUUUGAAAAUGGAUGGGUGACCUUCAGUCUGAAGUGGCUCAGGUAACUUUGAGAAGCUCUCCAGUGUGUUUGAUAAUCUUAUUAUUAGUGGUUCAUGAGCCAUCUGAAUUUUUCCUCUGCAGAAGAGAUGAGUUCUGUUUUGCUUUUAGCGCACACAGUUUUUAAAGGUGACUUUAUAAAUAUUAGUAGACCACUAUCUAUUAAAGAGUUAGCACUCCUAUCACAUAAGAAAAAAUCAGAGUAAGUAAACGUUGAACAUUUGAGUCUGGUACAAAUAAUUGAACUUAUUUAUUCUGGAUAGAUGUUUGUCCUUUACAGGUACUGUAAGUCUUGAACACUGUAUGCAACAUAAUUUUACAUCAUAUAACAUCAUAGUUUGCUAUUACACCAGAGAAAGUACUUCUGAGUAUGACAUGAUAAUUAUAGACUUGCUGCAGAACCAAAGUUAGACUGUGCGUGUGAUUUAAAUAUAUGUAUGUGUAUGACUAAGGCCCAUAGACUUCAUUGUGAUGAGUUGUUAUUGGGCCUACAGUGUGUCUUUCAUAUUUUCUUAUUCUAGCUUAAAUGCACCUCUUCAGUACUGAAGUGAGACACACAUUUUUCAGACACCUCUCUAGAAAUCUGAUCAUACUGAACCAGAAGUGUCUGCACAGAGAGAUCCCACUAGUGGGAAAUGUGUAAUUUUUGUGUCAUUUUAAGCAUAAAACUGAUAGUGUUAAAUGAACAAAUGUGAAGGGUGUAAAGGGUCAGUUUAGAAUUUCAUCAUAACUCUCCCCACUUUGUUCAGACCUUUGGACGUCCACAUUUUAAUUGUAAGCUGUCACUGUGAUUACAGAUAUCCUUACAUCCCACUGAAGGAAAGGGUGAAGAUCGCUCAAAACUGGCAUGAUGGUGUCUGCAAGAGGGCUGUUCCUCUCAAAUGGAAAACAAAGUCAGUCACAUCUUUCAAGUUUCAUUCAUUUUCUGUCAGGUCACGCUUAAGUUAAACCUGUUUCUUUAACCAUGAAUCUACUUUUCAGACUGUUGCCAUGGCUACAGCUGGAUGGGGAGGUACUGUUUUUGUCUCAAGCUGCUGAUAUUAGAGCAUACCAUCAUCGCCAAGACACUGGAAGGCUCCAGCGAAGUCCAUUUGAGAUCUACUCAGGCCACAAGGGCGAUGUCUGCCGAUUUGCGCUGACAGACUCUCAUCUGAUUAGUGGUGGAAGGUAGUGAGGGAAUGUUUCCAAUGUUUAUCUUCCUGUGUUUAUUUUUAUUUUUUAUUUUUGGAAUAAUGAGAGAAAAUGCAAUUGUCAUCACAACUAAUUGAUAUUACUACAUAUAUUGGUUCUUGCUGCUCUUGCUGGGCAAUAACUUAUAGUUAAAGAUUUAUCAUCAGAAAAAUCUCCACAAUGAAUAUUUGCCAUCUCACGAUAAAUGCAAGUUGAUGACGUAAGACUCGCAGUCACAGCCCACACAUAGCAGAAUAACAAACAAACAUGGCCGAAGGUGGUGAAGAUUGGUGCUUAGAUAAGUGCAAUCAGGUAUGCCUGACAUCGGACAGUGGAUCUGCUGCUGUUCACUCUGUGCAAUAAAAGUUUUUAACAAAUGUUGGAAAUGUUUUCACAUUUGAGACUUGUUUGAUGUCAUUAGUUUUCCCCAUAACCUACCACUUAAACUUGUGGUUAAGUAUCUUAUUUGACCACUCCAAUUGGUGUUCUCAUGACAAAUGAAUCAAAAACAUGGAUUAGAAUUAAGGCUGCACGAUAUUGGAAAAAACUAACAUUGCGAUUUUUUUCAACCCUGCGAUAUAUAUUGCGAUAUUAAAAAUACAGGAAUUUUCACCAGAUGACCUGAAUAACAUUUAAUGUUUUGCUGCACCGCUGAAAUCUUGAGGACAGUUAACCUGCUCUGAUCUUACCUCUUUUUGUGAAUGUUAGUAGAACGGCUUCUGUCUGUCUCAGAGAUAUUUUUAGCUUUUAUUGUGCUGGGACGUUAUUGUGGCAACAGAUGAACACAGAACACGUGUUUUGGUCGACAUCAUCCAUCUUUUAACCGAAAUAAUUCCAGAUAACUGACUUUCCUUUUCUUUUUGGCAACAAAUCUUCAUUUUAGGUGGUUUUCGCUUGUUCGUUGCUCAUUUUGCAAUCGUUGUUGUUGUUGUGCCGAGAAACGCAUGUCCUCCGAGAAUUGCAUGCACCUCGCAAAACGCGCACCGCUUAUAGUAGAGUGGUCCACGGAAAUGUACAAUUUAAAACCCAUACAGUUUUUUAGCCCAUAUCGCCCAUCCCUACAUCACAUUUGCUCUAAAGGAGGAGCCUGACAACACAGGGCGUGUUUUAAAAAUAAAUAAAUAAAUAAAAAAGUGUAAAACCUUCCUGACAUUUUAGCCAACCAACAAAUCCAGCUGAUCCUUAAAAAGCUGUGUUUGUCUUUCCAGUGAUGGCAAGAUACUGGUCCACAGCAGAAGGAGUGACAUGUCAAUGGAGUUAUCCGGUCAUAACCAAGAAGUAAACUGCCUGGACUCCAAAGAUGGACUUAUCGUCAGCGGGUCCAGAGACAGAACAGCCCGGGUCAGUAAAUCAGCACAACUCCUGCCAUACUGGGUCUGAGGAUGCACACAUCAUCAGAAGUUCUUACUGCUGUUUUUAAUUCUUUGUUUAGAUUUGGACUUUGACUUCCAGCUGUACCAGACACAUAAUUCCCAUGUAUGACAGAGUGUGGUCUGUUGCUAUUAGUCCCACACUGAGGUAAGCUUUUUUCGUUCUUAUGACAUUUGACUGACAGGAGACCCAAAAAGGUGGACUAAUGUGGCUGUGAUUUAUCUGUGAAAUCGAGUUACGAAUAACCCUAAAGUUAUGAAUAGUAUAGAAAUUCUCUAGGCUAGAUUUACCAACGUCUAAGAAGUAUUCCGCAGACUUUUCUCACAUAUUUCAGUGAAUGAAUUCAUCAAAUGCCUUGGUGGGAAAAGAAAAUCAUCUGCUAUACUUGACUGUUUAUAGCCUCUAAUAAUUUAAUCCAAAUUCAUUUAGAGAAAGAAAUAAAGAUUGACAACAUCCCCUCAAGAUUUAGCAUUCAGAACCCAGCUCACAUUCAUAUGAAGCUCAACAUAGACAUGAUACGAUUGUGUGCGGGCAGUUGAAAAGUCUGAUGUUUUGAAACUUAAUCACUUCAUCAUGAUGAAGUCCAUGAAUCCUUAAAAUUUGGGUAAGAAUGAAGGUGAACCUGAAAUAGAUGAAAGUGAAACAUCCACUCUAGGGGUCAAUACACAAACAUGCAGCUCCUGUUGAGUUUAACUUUCCAACAGAAGUAGCCGUAACACGCUCCUUGUUUCAUUAACUGCAUAUCAUCUUCUUGGCCAAAUAAAACAUGAUCAGGGUUAUGUGGUUCUGAGGUUUUUGGACAAGAUUCGGUUGGUCUAAAACUCCAGUGCACUUACCCUUCCUCUUUGACACACUAUGUGCUCUGGAAUUGUUAAGUGACCAAUUUUCUCGUCCAAUAUGGCCACAGUUUCUGCAGUUUCAGCUCUUGUGUAACAAGUCUUUAUUAGUAUUCAUGCACCAACGUAGGUCAUAAAGAUGUUCACCAAAAAUCUUCCUAGAGUUCACUUGUAGCAUAAUUUAAAUCUUUAAUAUUAAAUCCCUCUCCUCUCACAUAUCAGCCCUGUAAAUAAUUGCAGAGCUGAUACAAUCUCCCCAUUUUAGCCUCAAACUGUGACUGUUGCACAUAAGGAAAUAAGAAUUCCAGUUUAUCAAAGUGCAUGCAUGGUGGCCUUGUCUGUCUGAUCCAGGCCUGGGACCGUCUCUCAGAUCUGAGGGGAACAGGCAGAUUAUCCACAUCAUUAAUUCUCCAAUUUGCUGGCUGAAAUAGCAGACCACGCUUCAGCACGCUGCCUCCUCAUAAUGGAAAGCAGCUCCCUACCUCUCACUGACCAGCGGCCUGGUUAAUUAAAACUCCUCUGAGAACCAGGUGUCAACUCACUGAUAAACCUAUUAAACUCAUUUCUGACCAGCACACCAAAAUACUCUUGGAAGUUUCUGCAAGGAAAAUAGGCAUUCUUCCCCUCAGUUGUUAAGGCACACGCCAUUUACCCUCAAGUUACAAAAGGAUACUGUAGAAAAACAAAGCAUACCAAAACAGACAGUUGAGCAAGGGCUCCCUGAAAACUCUCCGCAAGGUGAAUGCUUUGCAUGAACACUUAUUUUGUUUCAUGUGUUAGCUCUCAGACACACUAAUAACUCUGUGGUACAGAGCGCUCGUCUUCUCUUUAACAUCAAUGUACAUUUUAACUCCAAAAUUUUGCAUCAAGCCCUGUGUCUGUACAAUGACGAGUCCUUGUGUCUGUACAGAUGGUAAUCUGAGCACAGCAGGCUCGUUUGUCUCUUAAAACUGGCCACAAAAACACUGAGGUUUGGGGGUUAUUUUCUUAGGUUAAGAUGAUAAUCUCGCUUUCCACCCUACCUCUGUAAUCUCAAGGUCUGGUGUUGAGGAUUAUUAUGGCUGUGAUUAAAUGCCAAGGCCAGUUCAGGGCUGCUACAUCUGCCCACAUUUGCUCCCACCGUGGAAAAGAUAUUGAUCCUGACAGUGGCUGUGAACCUCUUUUCUUUGCUUAUAGAUUGUCCCAAUACUGUACUCCUUUUCCAGCGUUGUGUGCUCUGGUCUGUGCCCACUGGCAGAGCUCAUUUUGGAUUGGGGUCAAGAAAAUAAAAUGAGGCGCUACAGGAGGCUGCAGAUGUAAUACAGGGUCAAAUCUAUGUUUCUUUCACUGCCAUUCAUUACUCCCAUCUGAUUCAUCCCUGAAUGGAUACUUCUUUAAUAUGCCACAAUCCUCAGGUACUUUGACCACUCUUAAAAUCAUAUGAGCCCUCCUCUUUCUUUUAGUCAAGUUCAUCAUUUUAGCUUGCAAGAUUAUUAUGUACACUUCUCACUGAGCGCCAUUUUUGCUCAGAAACAAAAGGAUGAGGACAAGAAAUUAAACCAACAUUGGAAUAGUAAUGUGUUGUAGGCCACAGAGUAAUAGAUAAAAACAAUAGGGAUAAAAGAUAAAAACAGCUUGUGUUAAUUAUAAUACAGGUGGGAAAAAAGGGGAACUAACUCACUUUGUUUUGGUCAGCGGAGCCAAAGAGGAAACAAACCUACAUGACUUAACUGUAUCUGCACUAAACAUGUGCAGUUCAUUUUUCCGACAACAAUCUCCCCCUGCUUUUUUUUUACUGUCACAUGCAGCUUUCAUCUGAAUAUUUCCAGGUGAAAAUGCCAAGAGGACAGGAGAUUUUUAGCAAGCUCUAAAUAGGUGUAGAGUUAUCUUGUCAUUGAUGGCCUUUUUUGCUGUUGUCGAGAGCUUGGUGUUAAUUUCAGUUUGUUUCAUAACCAGCUCUAUCUCUUGUCUUUCUUUCCUUUAUUUCAAACCUGGUGUGUGCAGGUCCAGGCAAUAGGAAGUGGGACAGGUGGUUGGUAGUCAACUGAGGUGUUCCCUGCAGACUCUUUUGUCACGUUAACAAGACCUAACAGGUUGAAGUGUCAGCUGGGCAACUCUAUAUGUGCAGCUGCAGGUCAGCUCCGUACUAAAUCACGGCUGAUAGGGUGUCUUGGACAAGGCAGUGCAUGUCCAGUUCAAAGUUAUCGACUGGGGACAUGAAGGAUGGGUUCAGAUUAAGAUACCCAUCAUUAGUUUUUCUUCCAGGUUGUCCAUCCUCAUUUGUGGUGGUGCAAGCAGAUUUUAUAGAAGGAAACCAUAAAUGCAUUUAUUUAUCAGACCUUUGCUCUCAUUUUACUGUUUUAACCCUUUUUUUUUUAUUUCCAUACUAAUAUGCAAACUUAGACCCUCGAGAGACCCUUUGCUUGAACAUGACUCUGUUGUCUGGACAGCAAGCCUUUUUCACCAUAAAAUAGUACAGUUCUGAUCCAUUUGGUACACAAUCAUUUGACUCUAUGAAAAUAAUCAACGUGCACCAUCCAGCUUUUUCGGCACCCUCCCUCUGGGGUUCUUUGGGGCAUGUAUCAGAUCCUGAAGGGUGGUCUGAGAUACCCUGCAUUCUGUUGAUUGAUUUUGCCUGAUAUUAUUUGAUCAGUAAAACUUUGUUAUGAAUUAUGCUUAAAAAUACACACAGACACCAGCUGAGCAGGGUGAGAGACACAAGGAUGGAAGCAAAAGGAGAGAGAGAUCACAAUAGAAGAACUAUUUUGGAUGCUAUUUGAUAAUUAACAUAGCUUACAUCUGCAUUUUUUCUAGCAUUAUUUCACCAAAGACUCCGGUUAAGAGACACAAAUUCCUUUCUUCUGUUAAUUUUUUUUAACUAACAAAAUGUUGUGGAUGCAACUCCAAACACAGAGCAGUGAUGCAAACAAGAUCAGGAUUUACUGUAUCAAACCAAACCAAACCGUACUGAACCAAAGCAGAUGGCCUGGUGGAAAUGCACCAUUAGAAACCUCAGCAGCAAAAGACUUUAAAGGUCAAAUUAAAUAUCCCGAACUGCCUGCCUGGAUAUUACUGUAAAAUAAAUUUGCCUAAAUAAUUAGUACAAAAAAAGAAAAACAAAGACACACUAGCUUUGAUAGAAAUAAACCAGACAGAUAUAAAACUACACAAGAAAUACUCUCCUGUAAGAGUUAAAGGCUUUUGUCAGUCGUUUAAAAAAAAACUUAACUAUCAUCAGUCUAAAAUAAGUACUUUGAUGCUAACACUAGAGAGCAGUUUGUUUAGACUUAAGGUCAACUAUGUAGGAUAUAAAAUAUAUACACAUGCCAGCAACUGUUCUGCAUAUUUUUCAAAGAUAAACACACAUUUUUUAAACACACAAAAAACUUGAACUGGAGCAAAAAGUUUUGUUCAUCUCCGUUUCAAAAAGAGUUAUUGUGAUGGUAAAACAAAAUAAACAAAAUAAAACACCACAGUAAUGAUCAUAUUACGAUAUUAAUGUCAAACCUGAAAAUGAAACAACACAAUCAGUCAUCUUGAAGAAGAAGAAAAUAAGGGUGAAGAAAACAUGACUUCACAAAGUGAAACAAGAAAUUUAAUUAACAUGUAAAAAUCAUCUUCAAAUGUAUGAUUCACCAAAGUCUCCAAUUUCCUUAGUAGAGACAUUGCCUUAUCAACGAACAUUUGUCAUUGCUUUUUUAAAAAUUAUUUGAUCAUAAUUAUUAUAAUGAUCAUCAUUAUUUUUGUCUUUGACUCUUGAAAUACUGGAACUUAAUAUGUAGCUGGGCUAUACUAAUAACAGGAUUUAGCAAACUUAUCACAAAUUACUUCCAAGGGUCAAGAAAAUUAUCUCACUGAAAGUGUAAAAGCCAAUUUUCCAAGAUUUUUGCGUCAACAGACCUACUUUAAUGUACAAACUUUUUAGGGGUGAGAGGAAAAAAAUGAUACAGCAUAAUGUCGCAAUAUUUUGUCUGGUGAUGCAUUGUAUCAACUCAUUGACCAAGUAUCGAUAUUUUCAAAUUAAUUGCUAAUGUGAAGUCAAAUGUAUGAUAAUGAAAAAAAAAUCAACUGUUUGUCCAGUGAGGUUGGCAGAGGUGACAUCAUAGAGCAGGAGAAAGUUACAGCAGCACCUGGGGAAAGACAUUAGGAGUGCAAACAGGGCGCAAAUGAGAUGGACCUGACACACAAGGUUUGCAAGAUGUGUUACAUGAAAAUAAGAUACUGUGUAAAUAAGAUAAACAUAAAGGAAAGACAAAUGCUCAGUAAGCUAAACAGUUGAAAAAAUUGUAUAAAUCACCAUAUAUUGUAUCGCAAUACUCACUGUAUUGCAAAAUGUUAAAAUUGGCAAUAAUAUCGUAUUAUGACCAAGGUAUCUUGAUAAUAUUGUAUCCCGGGGCCACUAAUGAUUCCCACCCCUUUUUAUCCAUACAUACAUUUUAUAAGAAGCCACUUUGAAGAAUGGUAAAACAAAGUUUGUAUUGUCUAUUUUUUAAGCUUUGUGUAAAUGUGAAGGAAGGGAGCAGGGACUGGGCCAUUUAUCUGAGUCAGAUGGUCAGUUUUACUAAACUGCAUAGAGCUAGACACAUCUGUACACUUCCCUGCUCCAGUUUCCUGCAGGACUAGGUGGGUAUCCUGACAAGAAGCUGGGGUGGUGUUUGGCAUGAGUGUACGCUACGCUGACCACUGGUGUAUAGAUGGGGGCUGGGCAGAAGCCAGUGGAGGGAGAAGCUACCCUGAAGAGAGGUGAGAACACAGAGGGGGCUACAAUUGUUUUGUCUAGAACUCCUCAACCACAACUACAAAGAUGUUGCAUGGGCCAAAAGCGCUUUUGAAAUUUUCCUAAAGGGGAAAAUAAUUGUUGGAUAAACCGUUCCCAAUUCGCCACUUUCUCACCAUCGCUGGGGGAGGACGACCUUUGACCUCCAGUAUCAAAGUACAGGGCGACGCCAAAGCAGCCACCCAGCCAGCCAAAGCCAGCCCUCUCUGACUGCACCCUCACUACCACCACCACCCACCCAACCUCACACACUCCAAUUUCACCCCCACUGCUCUGCCCUACUCAACCGCAAGAAAAGGCCUGAAAUUCAUGUCUUUCUCUUUGGUCUCUCCCGAGCUGUCCCUGUGGCUCAGGAGUCAAGAAUUCAAUUAGUUAAAAAAAGAGAAGAAAAGAUCGAGGCUGCAACAAUGCAGCGAUAAGGGGGCAGAAUGUGCGUUCCCACACGUUAAAUACAGGGCGCUUUCCUAGGGGCCCACAGAGCCAGAGGACCCACACCGCAGGAGGCAAGAAUAAUCACAGCUCCCUCUGAACCCCCUCAUUACACACACACUCACACAGACACACUCAUACACAGACACACACACACCUUACAUUCCUUGCACACAGAUAGCUCAUGUAGACAUGCAUUAGAGGCAGAAAUUCUCCUGAAGACACACCUCAGAGAUGUCCUGACUGCAUCCAUAAACAUGCACUGAGGAAAAACUUCUAGCACACAAAUACACACACAUGCACACACUCAUAAAGACCUCUCAUUACACGCUGGCCUCAUACAGGUGUUCCCAGGUCCUGGGUUUACAAGCUGAGAGUGUUUUUGUGUAUCUGCAUCAAAAGACACACUCAGCCUGUAGACAAACAACUUUCAGAGUCUGUGUCCAAACACUCCAAAUAUUUCACAGCCAUUAAAAAGAUACCAAGUACAUCCGCUUCACAAGAUUUCAUUAUGUAGUCAUAUCAGCUAUGAUAUUGAGAUUCUCUCUGUGUGUUAUUCAGACUAUAAUCUUCAGGAUCAUACUCAGUGGUAGUUCUUCCUCAACCCCCUUUUUUAAAAACGGCUUUGGUCUGUAACUCAGUUGUUAUUGUACGUUCACCUGUUGAGUUUUUCAUUUCAGAUUUAUUGUUUUAUUUGUAAGAACUGGCUGAGCUGUGUGUUUGAAUCAAUAUCAUCACAAGAGCUGAAAGACUUUAAUAUUUAGGAGAGGAAGUAGAACCUGGAGGAUCAGCUUGUCUAGACAUUUACUGAGCAGGAAAACUGAACACUGUUUUUUUUUUUUGUUCCAGGGCUAAAGCACUGAGUCAUGUGAAGGCCCUGAUGUUCUGUUCUACUUUGAAAAGACUCAUAACAAAUGCUACAGAUCAUGGCUCAGGAUGGAUUUUUCUCUGCACACACAGGUUAAAAAGCUCCAACAUGCUCAAGUAUUGUAGAGGAGGACAUCUUGACAAUGUUUUAGUAACCUGUGGGUGAUAUUGAAAGGCACAUGUCAAGGGUGCAUUAACAAACUAUAAGAUGUUUCCAACUGUGAUACAAGUGGAACUAGAAAAUUCCUUCUGGGAUAUUUUCAUAUGGCCACAGGGGCUACUGCCAGGGUGUGAACAUUAUGAUGAGAUUCUUCAAAAGUUUCAAAUAAUAAAUACUAUUGUGAUAUUAUACACAAGGAGCACACUAAUAACUCACAUUCCUUUUUCAAGUAUUUAUUUAUACAACAAAAAAACUGAGCUUGAACAGUAGUCGAUGGAAAAUUUGUUUACAAUAGAGCAAAGUAAUAGCACACCAAUCCCCAUCAAACUGCACAUUUUAAUAUAGAAUUUGUCCUACAACUCUUUAAACUGUAGGACUAGUAGAAAUAGUAGACUAGUCUCUAAUACUAGUGAAAAUAUCUAGAAGAGGAAAAAAAUAAAAUCCAAACUAUAACCAUAGUGCGUCUGUGUGUUUGCCCUGUGGCCCUAAUAACUUAUAAUUAUAUAAAAUGAAACAGCACAGUGUAAAAGAAACUAUCAAACACUGAGUUUUUAAAGAGAGGGGUAUAAUGCUUUUUUUUUCAGACUCUGUACUUCCUCUCUGAUACCUCUUUAAUAUCUUUACAUGAUAUUCAGAUUUUAACUAUACUGUAACUAGAACUAGAACUAUUUCGUGAGUCUUGUGUUUUCUUACAAGGGCCUGUUUUGAGCAGUUUACUCAUAUUUUCUAAGAUUAUUUCAUUUACCUCGUGAUUUGAAACUUUGCAUACAUCUUGUAUGGACACCAAAAGGUGUAACUUUGUUUUGUUUUUUUUCUGUUUUUUUUUUUUUGUAAAAAAGCAUGAAACAAAUCCUUUAACAAGCAUCAUCAGACUUCACUCAAAAACAAAAAAGUAAUCCACCCAAAUAACAGUCAAGUGUUAGUGCAUUUGAAAUUUCCCCGGGAAGGACAGCUCGGGAAAUAGAAGAGACCUGAAUAAUGAAAAGAUUAUCAGUUUCUGGCAUGGAGGUGUGAGGCGGCCCUCAAAAGUUUGAAAGUCUUUUUUUGCCUGUUUCUGGGGCAACACCUUGAAUUCAUUCCUUUAAAAAACAGCCUUUAAAAGCUGCCUCAGACAUUACAUGUAGAGCUAAAGUCUCUCUGAUGCACUGGUAACAGGCAGGAGACCCUGUGUGAUGUGAUUCAGUAGGAUAACAAAUAAUUGACAGUGCUGUUGCUUUAUAAGAGAAGCAAAACACUACAAAUAAGAGCGAACUUUAACCACACCCCACCCUGACUUGAGCCAGACCCCAAAGUGCACCAUGUCCCCGGCUUAGACAAAGGUACGAGUGCCUGUUCAGUGCUGCUUGUAACCCUUUUUUGUUGUUCAAAUGUCAUCUUUUGAAUUUGUCUGUGAUUUGAACAUCUUUAUAUUAUUAAUGCUGAUUGGACAAAAAAGGACACUCAUGAACUGCUUAUAAACGAAUGAGGGAGAGUUUCUUUGUGACUAAUAACUUUUCUCAUCCAAGGUCCUGAUGUUUGUUUAUUUAGACCAAUACUCAGAAGCUAGAAAAUAAUAACUUCCAAAUCAUCAAACCAGCUUAUAUUUCUCUUGAAAACUUUUGAAAUGAUAAUUUAUCCAAAGACAUAAAUCUACGGAACAUUUUUCUGUCACUGAACUAAAUAGCUCAUGGUUUAGUUUCUAGGUUAUUUGUGAGUGAAUGAAGAUUUGACCAGUUUACAUUAUUAGAAGUGGAGUAGGUGGUCCUUUUGCUUCAUCUCAUCUUUUCUGUGACACUUAUUACUACAUUUCUCUAGGACACAAUUAGCUGGGUCUAUCCUUUCUUUUUUUUAAAUACUUUUUAGAAAAUGCUGCUCAUGAAGGUUUGCACACGUGUGUUGAUCCUGGUACCAUAGAGCUCUAACAGCACUGUACUGUCAGCCGUGUUAUUCACGUAGCACAUUAUCCUAAUGAGCGUCACUCCCACAACAUUUGGAGUACGAGGAGCUCUGUGAUCACUGAAGCUCUGCCUCUAGUGGAUCCCAAUUUAAAACUUGUCAGUCGCGCUCCUCGCUGACCCCGACAAUAUAAACACUUGUCACAGAGACUUCCUUUCACCAGCUCACACCAGAACCACUGAAGCACUGGGCGUGUGACCUUAACAAGUUUGGAUGUGAAGGUUCUGCCAGUUUACUCCGAGUCUUCUUUGAUUUCUUUCUUAACUGGUGAAAUUUGUUGUUUUAGAUCAUAGACAUAGCUUUGCUGUGCUGUGGUCUUCUUCACGGGGUUGAGCUCAGGGCAGUGGAGUGUGUUAGGCCCUGAUAAAGGCCUCAGGUUAAUCCUUAGUAUCCAUCCAUAUAAGGCCACCAAUAUCUAUUAAUCCAUCACAUAGUUAAGAUUUCAGAGUAGACAAAAAUGCAAAAGAGUAAGUGGACAUUAGCUAAGAAAACUCACUCACACUCAUUUCAGAUAUGAAACAUUUCAGUUUUACAAGCAGUUCAGUAUGUCUUUUUGAAUCCUUCUUUUUUUUUUCUCUUUUUUUUUUACGCUGUUUAUUGAUAGAAAGCAUACUUAAUGUUUUAUUCAGAGUGAAUCUGUUUGUCUCAGAUGUGUGUGGUGCCCUUAAUCUGAGCCUCAGAUUUCAUUCACUUACACAGGAAUUCCAGGUGUUAUUACUUUAACUGUGCCAGGUGUAAACUGAAAUGAGAGAUGUACCAAAUUUAAAUCUGACUGGUAGAUAACCAAGUCAAAGAAGUGUAACAUGACAGAAAUAGGAGAGAAGCUUUUGUCAUUCACAUUUGUGGUGAAAUCGAGUCAUCGAAAAGGAAGUCCAUUUGUGGUGAGAAAAUAAGAAACUUAGCAUCAUAAUAAGUAUCAUUAAGUCUAAUGUGGACCUGCUGUGAAAGCUGCAAUGCUCAACUGAUGAUGGUGACUCUCCUUCCACACCACUUCCCUUUACAUGCCACUCGAACCAACGUUGGUCACUCUUCACCAAAAGUUUUGCUUUAAAGCCGCAGUGAGGAGUUUUUAGCUGGUUAUGAAGCAGACUAAAGUGGUCGCUGAUGCUUCUUUUUGACCUUCAAAGGCAAACAAGAUCAGCAGCAACAAGACUUAAAAUGUAUAUAUUGUAAUUUUUAACUGCUAUGAGGGCUCAGGUGUCAGACGAACAACCUUAUUUUUUACUUUUUCAGCAAAAUCGGCUCAAACCUGAAGUUAGCAGAUAUAUCCUAUUCUUGCUCCGUGCCACUCCAUUUGACCUAAAUUCUGUUCCUCUUUCUUUAGUUUUCUCACAAUAUAUUGCAGGUUGAAUUGAGACCAAUCAUUAUUACAGAGUCAGCGGGCUACUAUAGUGUGUUGUUGUGUCUGGUGUGUGUGUCCAGUGUGGACGGUUGUGCUGGGUCCCGGUCUGUUCCAGCCGGCUGAACAGAGCUGAGGGGCCAGCUGAGGAAUGUCCCUGUGACCCUACACACAGGAGACGCAAACAGAAGCCAAAAGGACCAUGAGGGGGUAGGGAAGGGACAACAAGGUCUGUGCAUAAAUGUGUGUAUCUGUGUGUUUGUGUGUUUGUGUGUUGGGCCCAUGCAUAGCAGUGUGAAUUUGUGAGUGAGAGAAAGUGUAUGUUAUAUGCAUUCAUACGUUUACCCAUGCAUAUCAGUUUGUUCAGUGGGUAAGAAAGAGAUGGAGGGAGAGGCCAGAGGAGGCUGGGAGAGAAAGAAAGAGAGAGAGAGAGAGAGAGGGUGUGUGUGUGUGUGUGUGUGUGUGUGUGUCAGCGGGGGUCAGCACUUGCACCCUUUGGCCAUUGUCUCCCUCCCUGACCAAUAUAAAAGCAUCAUAACCCUUUGAGCUUAGACAUAUUUAGAAAGCAGAUAAAAGCACUUUUUACAAACUAGAUACACGUCAGGCACAAAGCCCGGGGUCAAGCGCAACAAAUUAACAACCCUCUUUCUGAUGGGAGUUGGGGGGGGGGGGGGUCUGGGCGAAGCUUAACCGCCCCUGGAGUCCAGAGCCACAUGCCUCCACAUUCCCAGAGCGGGGAUGUGGGCUGUUCUGUUGCAUUCAUGUGUAAUUGGUUCUAGGGGCAGAGGCUGAGAUAAAUACUGACUUACUUUUUUUGUUUGUAUUAUGUUCUCUUAAUUGAAGACUUGUUUGGAAUUCCCUAAUUCCAACAAAAAGUCAAGAAGGCCUCUAUGAAAGGCAAGAAUUUUAAUCAUUUGUCAAUCAGGGUGCCAUCACAGCUUGAGCUCCACAAACUAAAGCAACAUCAACCUUUUGAAUGUUAGACCUUUAGAUACGUUUGUGGAUUUAAAGAAUAUAAAUUCUAUUUACUUCAAUAAGAUUUAUGAUUUAAAGUGAAGUGCCAACUGACGGAGCAACAGUCAAGGAUAUAUCAACAAACAGAUUCUAUGUAAUUUGACAAGAUCCUUCUUUUUAUGGCUGCUCUAAUAGAAAAUCACCUCACUCAUACAUUUCUCAGCAAAAUGUGUUUGAAUUUGUUGCCAUAUAUCCUGCAUGAGGAAAAAUUUGUAAGCUUGGAUCCACUCAUACUUACCUGUUGCUUGCUUGUCUCCAAUCAAGCCAGUUUUAAGUAAAACCUUAACUCUAAAAAUAUUGGUGUGCUAUCUAUAAUGUUUGUAAAAACAGAUAGAUUUUGAUGUUUUAUAAACGAUUCAAACUCUAAUGGUGCAAAGAAAGUACUUUAAAUGUUGAAACUGAAACAUUUCAUUUUUUCAAUGAACAUUGAAUGCGUAUUGUAAAUUUAGUACCAGCACUGUGUUUCAAAAACUCAGAAACACAGGUAAAGGUUAAUAAACAGAUAAUGAGGGUAAUGUGUAACAGUUUAGUAACAUGACUGAGUAUAAAAAAAGAGGAUUUCAGUAGGGCUGGGUAAAGUUUACAUUGGUAUAAAGUUCCUCUGCAAAGAAAAUGCAAAAAAAAAAAAAGAGUUUUUCAUCUACAGUUCAUAAAAUCAUCAACUGACUCAGAGAAUCUCUCUGAAACAUCUGUGUACAAACUCUCUGUCCAAGAAAGACAAAGACAAAGAUCAGUACAGGUAUAGCUGAGAUCUUUGGACCUUCAGGCAGCACUGCAGUAAAAACUACCAUGACUAUGCAGUGGAAAUCACUACAUGGGCUCAACACAGUGAAGACAGUUUGUCGCUGCAUCCACAAACAGGUAAAGAAGAAACCAUGGGCCUGAGUUAACUUUAGAAGGACUGAGGUGAAGUGGAAUACUCUGACAUUUUGAAGAAGUCAUCCUCUGUUCUUAAAAGAAGAGAGGAUGUAAAUGCUUAAAUGCAUUUACUGUUCAUUUCACAAAUACAGUAUAGACAUAUGAUCAUUAUGCCUUUUUUAUGAUUUGCAUGAAUUGAUGGCUUCCUGUCCUGUAGGUGCUGUUAAUAUGAACUGUUUGGGAAUCAGAGAAAGGCAGCAGAGCUCAGCAGCAGGUAUUCAAUGACUGUCCUGAGGAAAGUGUUUCCUGUGCUGCAAACACGUUUAUUCAGGACCAACUAAUGGUCUCAACCCACACAAGUGGGUUCACACUACAUGUGUGUCAGUGCGCCUGCAUGGAUGAGACUGUUUACACACAUGAAAAUGUGUCAUGUGGUUCCUCAUAUCUUUCGUGUGUGUGUGUGUGUCUGUGUGUGUGUGGGUUUCCACUGGGGUUAGUUUGUCCGACACUGACGACAGGCCCUUAGAUAAUACAGCAGGCUGAUGAGGUUACCCAAACCACGGCGGAGGCCCAGCGUGCUGCUAAUGAUGAGUUGGGGUGGGUAGGGGGGGGCAGGUCGAGCAAAGGAGGGUGCCUAUGUUUUGCCAGAGAUAUGACUGUGUGUGUGUGUGUGUGUGUGUGUGUGUGUGUGUGUGUGUGUGUGUGGGACACCUGCCCCACAUUAGGCGAGAGAGGCUCUGACCUUAGCAGCUAUAAUAUCAGUGCAAGCCCUGACCCCAGUGUGGGUCUGGUUGGCGCUCCAGAGGGGUGAGAGAGAGAGAUGGGGGGGGGGGGUUCUUCUUUCAUUGUAUGUCCGCUGUCCCCUGUCCUGGCUCUGCCAGUACCCAUGCCCAGUGAGGGGUAAGUAAUGUGAGUAAUGGAGAGUAAUAGGGUCCAGAUAGUGAGUGUGACCAUAACCCUAGCAGGUCAGAGGUCGCCCUCCACGCAUACUGGUCCUGGCUCUGCUCGACCCAUUUGGGCCAUAAAUGAGUUUACCCAACACUAAUUACUGGGGGACUGCCAAUGGGCGCGAUGCUUAAUGGGACUGACAGCUGCCUCUAUGCCCCACUUAGCCCCACCCCCCACCAUCCCUUUGAUGCCAACAGCAUCUUUCUACCCCAGCUCUGAAUCUUUGGUGUUUGGACAGCUAAACAGCAUUGCUACAGUUCUGUAGCUCAGAAAGAAACCUGACCCUUUAUGAAAAGUAAGAACAGAGCGAGUUUUUUUGUAGUUCAGUAACAUGGUUGACUCAGCUAUCUUUUCUGGGCGCUUUAUUUAUGCUUUUAGAAAGACAACAGAAACCCUCACAGGAUAGAGCUACUGCUCUAACUUUGAUGAGGAAAUAGGCAGCUUUAAAAAGCAAGUAAUAGAGUUCUUGAAAAAAUAAAAAUUACACUCAAGGUCAAAUCAGUUGCCUCUGUUUAACUUUUAAUUAAUAAUUAUCCUUUUUUUUUUUUCAUUUUUCUUAAAGAUGACAAUCGGCUGAAGAUUUUAGUGGCAUUAAAACUAUUAGCGGGUGAAGAAAAGCUUAAAACGUGCUGGAGUUAAACGUUGAAAAUCAUUUUCAUUCCUUACACAAGUCCAGGGUUAGAAACAGGAGGUGCCAAAACCAACAGUCUUGUUUUUAGAUUACACUCCGUCCAUAAAUUAAACAGGGUCCAAUUCUUCAUAUUGUAAACUUCUUUUAUAGACAGACACUUGAGUUAGGAAGAAAACUUUGGGAGGAGUGUGAGUCUACCUUUUAAUCCCACAAUCAUCAUCUCCUUCUGCGUUUUUUUAGCUAUACUAAUAUAAGACGACAAAUGUCACCAUCAUGUCAUUUUAUGACUUAAUGAAGUUUUUUAAUAAUAGGCAACAAUAAAAUAUUGUUUCUAUAAUAUCAUUGUUGUCUUUAUGUAUAGCUGGCAAGUUUGAUUUUUGACAGUUAGCACUGUCCCACUAGCUGAAGUCAAAUGAAGGCCCAGACUCUGACAGUAUUCCUGACCUACGCUCCACCACCACAGCUGGAGCUAAUAGCUUCCUUCCCUUCACUGUGGUAUACAGGCAGGGAGUUAACCUUGGGUCAACAUAAAUGUGGUUUAUGGUUUGAAUGUACAUGCAGUCUCUGAAACAAUUUCUGGAACUUUCUUCUACACCAACAAAUCUACAUGUUGGGCCAUCUGGAUAUCUGCAGGCUGUCAUUUAGUAUUUAAGACCCUCCAAAAUCAAAGAUAUCAUUGAUCCUGAGAGAAGGAUCAAGAUAGACAGACUUGGUAGAAACAGAAUAAGUUCUGAAUAAGUGAGACUAAAUGAGAUGAGUGUAUACUUGAAUAUAGAAGUCAUUUUGUUUUUGCUUUUCAGAGAAGAGAUGAUGAUGACAACAAGACAUCUGUGAAAACAGUUUUGUAGUACCUUGUAAAAGAUGAACCCACAGGAGUCUUUUUUUGGACUUCAAUUGACAGCUUACCGCGCUGUUGGUCCUGCAAACUAUGUGUGCAUCAAACCCAGCAGAGGCAGAGUUCACUAAUUAGAAUACAACAAAGCAGGUCUUCUCUGUUUAAAUGUUUACACAUCUGCAGAUUAAGAAGGUUUGGGUUUUAGGUUUGGCUCAAAUGCUCAGUUUUAGUGUAGUCUCCAAUAUUUAACUCUUAAAUUCAGUAGACCUUUUUAUCUGACAUGGCACUCAGCAGCAGCUAACAAAUAGAGCAGAUCUGGAUUUUUUAUAACAUAAUACGAGCCUGGCAGUAUGAUAAAUAAUGUAAUAUUUUUUAUUGAAAACUGACUCUAAUGGGCAGGUCCUUGACAACAGUGGAAACCAAAAACUCCUUUUGAACAGGUAGAAACCUUGAGCAGAAUCUGAUGAACCCAGGAGAAAAGAAGCAUCAAGUCUUCCAGAGAGACCUCAUGUUAGUCCAGCCUGGAUUGGAAAUGACAAGAAGGAGAAAAGGGGGAAGGCAGGUUCUUCCUGAAUGAAGUUUUGAGCAGCAGCAGCACCAUCAGGGCUGAACUGAGAGUUAUCUGAAAUACACAGUAUGACAGUGAAAUGAGGCUACAUGUUUAUGGUGUCUCUCUCUCUCUGUGGGUCUGCAUAUCUCCAUACAGUUUUCUCCUCCAGCUAAAAGCAUUCGUUAGUUUCUCUGUGUGUGUAAAAGGCGGGUCCUCCCCCCUGUCCAUCAACCCUGUAGGAGGGCACUAAGCCCUGAGAGCCAACAGAAGCCCCCCUACCACCAGCACCCCUGGUCGUCACCCCACCCUCUACAUAGCUCCCUACACCCAAACACACCCCAUCAUCCCACUCCUGCAGCGCUCCUCCCCUCUGCUUUCACCGCUCCCCCUCCUCCCAAAUGCAUCACAGUCAGUGUGCAUACCUAGGCUGCUAAUUCCAACUUGUCACUCUAAUCAAAGGAACACACAGCUAUAGGUUUGCUCUCCUUUCUCUUUUUUCACUACAUCCCUGGAUGGACUUUCUCUGUGUCUGGGAUCACAUCGGUUGUUCUCUGUAGUGUAUGAAACUUGCCGCUGUCUGCCGAGGGCUAUUACCCUCCCACCUGUCUGCAGACACACAUUUAAUUUUCACUGCUUCUUGUAUUACAGUACACAUAAAAGUUGUGCUUCAAUCAUUCGCCUUUCAGAGGCUUUUUUAUAGCUGUUUGUAACAGUUCUCAUGAAUGAAUGAACAUUACAUCUUAUUUUUAGAGCUGGGUAAUACAGACAGAAAAUACUGUCACACUAAUAACAGUCAAUGUCAAAUCAAUGUUCAACUCCAAAUGACUGUAAGGCUUUGAACUAUCAUCCCUACAAUGUAACUGGCUGUUUGUUGUCUCCUGUCACUGAGAGGGUUCAGAUGUUUUUGACUUUGUUUUACUGCCAUUGUUGUGAUGCACUCUUUUUUUCUGAAGGGUUUAGUUUUUAAAUGCUCUUUGUGUCUUUCUGUCUGUCUGUCUGCCCCCUCCCCUCUUUCUGCAGCUCCUUCGUCACAGGUACUGCAUGCUGUGAGAAUCUCUCCCCUCUCUGCAUUUGGGAUAUUGAACGGUAAGUCAGUGAACAGCUCUGACACUGAAACACACAUGUAUAAAAACAUUCUCAUUUGCCAGGAAAAUGCCUCUUUCUGCUCACCUCUUGUUGUUUUGCACCCAGAACAGAAACAGCCGAGAUUCAGAGAGGCUUUCUUUCAGCAUCUCGUUUAGUUCUGUCAUUUCAAGCAAACCUCUCAGUGAGCAUGCAUCACGGGGAUCCUCAGCUCCUCUUAGAAACCUUGCUGCAAACAUGUCUUUCUGUUAUGAAUUGGUUGGUGCUUCAAGCUCAGCCUCCAUCUCUUUACUCGUAUUUCACUAAGUUAGUGUUCCCUUGUGGAUUCCAUUGAUGUGAAUUUUCUUAAUUUCAGAACAGCCCCAUCUGGCCCCAUCUAGACAGCCAAUGGGAGCCCAGCAUACACUACAGGCCAAAAGUUUGGAAGCAAGAUCAAAUUUGUACAAAAAAAGAUCAUAGUUUCAUAUAUAUGUAAUUUGCAACACAAUAAACAUGACUGUUGUGUAAAGAGUAACUUAUCAGAAGACAUUUUGCCUAUAAUUAUUAGGUAUUUGAGUUAUUGUUGCUUAGACUUUGCUUUCUUUAAAGUAAACUCCUCUGGCUUUAACAACAGCUUGCCAUAUACCAGGCAUUCGUUCCACAAGUUUUCUAAGGUAUGUUCCAGGGAUUGCAUUCCAAGCUUUCUUAAGUUCAUUAAAAAGAGACUGCUGAUUUGUGGGACGCAUUUUUCUGACCGAUCAAUCCAAUUCAUCCCGCACAAGCUCAAUUGGAGAAAGGUCUGGAGACUGAGGGGGCCAAACCAUCUUUUGAAGAACACCUUCCUCUUCUUUUUUGUCUGGGUAACCCUGACAGAGCUUGGCAGAGUGCUUAGGGUCAUUGUCUUGCUGCAAAACAAACUUGUGACCCACAAGGCUGAGUCCAGAUGGAACAGCAUGGUGCUGGAGGAUGGAGUGGUACUGUUACUUCUCCAUGAUACCGUUUACUUCAAACAAAUCUCCUACCCCAUCACCUGCAAAACAUCCCCAUACCAUGGAACUACCACCUCCUUGCUUAAUUGUGGGUGUAACAGAUGGUGCUCUCAGGCGUUCACCAGUUUGUCUGCGGACAUAGACUCUGCAUUUUGAACCAAACAGUGCAAACUUGUUUCUAGUCAUCAUAAGUCCAAUUUUUGUGAGCUUUUGCCCACUCAUAUCUCCUUUUCUUGUUCCGUGGACGAAGUUGUGUUUUUUUGCAGAUACACAACCCUUCAGACCAGCCUUUCUCAAACGUCCUUUCAAUGUUGUCAGAGAUAUGGGUUUCGACCUUAUCAUGUUGAUUUCCUCCCUUAUUUGUGGUGCUGUCUUUCACCGAUAUCUCUUACUGGUGACAAUGAUGUGUUUAUCCUCUGCUUUUGUAGUAACUCUCUUUGGUCCAGGUCUUCUUCUAUCAUCAUGACUUCCAGGUUCCUCUUGUCUCUUCAGGAUGUAGUGGACUCCUGUGUUAAACACCUUUAGGCGUUUUGCAAUUUCUCUUUCUGUGUAUCCUUCUUUCCUCAAUGUACAAAUCUGUCCUUUUGUUUCUUUACUCAGUUGCUUCUUUCUAGCCAUUUCUGCGGUAGUUUGAAUGCAGUUGAGAUUUAUUAGGAUUUUUGUAUGCAGGCUCUCAAAAGCCAAAAAGUUUAAGUGAAUAAUCCAACUGUGAUUCAUUUUUUUGCUUUUGCACUGAAGUUGUGACUCUUGCAAAUGUUUUCAACCCUAAAACUAAGCCCUUAUUAUCUUUUGCUAAAAUAUAUUUAGCAAUGGUCUGUUCACAUCAAUGUAUAUCUAAAGGUAAAUGGAGUAAAAUGGUGCAUUUCCAUGAAAGCAACAUCUGAUCAUGGAGUAAAUACAUCCCAAAAUACAUAAAACUCAUGCUGGAUUUUAAAAAAAGCAUUGUGAACAAAAACUUGAAGUUACUCCCAACUGUUUGGUCUGUAAUGGCCUUGCUUCCAAACUUUUGGCCUGUAGUGUAGGUUUAGAUACACCUUGGGACACACUGCUGUUGGUUAAGGAAGAGUUCACAACAAGAGGUCUCUGAAAAUUCCUGUCCCUGAAAGGCAAGGCUUAAACCUGAUACAUUCCCGCCCGUUCUGCUAUAAAUCCCUGCUUUACCUGGCCAAUUAAAAAAGGCUGACACAGGAAGCUGCAGCGGGAAAUUUGAGGAGGAGUGAAGACAUGAGACACACAGGAAGACUUAGGGGAGGGAUGGGUGGGCAGGUUAUUCUUGAGUUUGCAGGUGGUGAGGGAAAUUGACAUGGUUAUAAGGUUGAACAGACCUAGAUAAGCAUGCCUCCUCUAUAGUCCAAAUGAUUGUUUUUUUCUCCUGACUGGGUGGGAAAAUUUUCUCUAGCCUCUACAUGAAAACAUGGAACAAUCAGCCUUUAAGCUAGUGGCCUCUUUGGUUUCUGUAGGUCAAACAGAAUCAUCUUAAGUCCUUGAGUCUGUUUCAUAAUCACCUGAAAUCUCCUCACAGGGGCAGGAUGUUUACAUAGAUACAUGUCGAUAAACUCUUGUUGUGUCCCAUUACAUGGAUACAGCUGAAAAUACCCCCCCCCCCCCCCCCCCUUUGAAAAGCACUUUAUAAAUUCAAUUUAUUAUUAGGAUUAUGAGGAUGAUAAUGAUUACUAUUAUUAUUUAGCUGUUUCUAAAUCCCCAAGUGAAAGACUUCUUUUUUUAAUGGAGCAAUCAACAUGGAGACAAAGUAAAAAAAAACACACACAUAGUAUAAGAUGUGGUUUAAACUUAGGGAGAAACUUCAAUAGUGUAAAAGAAUAAAUAUCAUUUAAUGAGAUAUUCAAAUGGCAUUUUACUCGGCUCUCUUUGUGAGCGUAAGGACAGUGCUGAACUUAAGGCUCCUGCCAGGAGCUUUAGGUUUGUGUGGAUUUUGGUGUCCCCUUUGGACGUAGCAGUCUUUGGACCUGUGCAUGGGAAGUUAGUGAACCUUGACAAAAAUAUCCUCCUAUUUUUUUAAACAGUCAAAUGUGUCACUAAACAAGAAAUGUAUCAUGGAACAAGUGAGACAAAGGCUGUAGCAGCAGUGUGCAGUUAACCACCUGACCUGGGGCCACAAAUGUCAGAUUGAUAGAAAAAGUCACUCUUCUUUUCAGUGGGGUGGUUUCCUUUUUUUAGGGUCGAGAAGCAUCCGUUUUAUUUUCAGUCUGAUUUACAACCAGCAAAAACUCCUCACAGGAGCUUUAAUAAGUAUGAAACAAUGUGUGGUUUUCCUAUUACCAACUCAUCAGUCAAGAGGACACUGAGUCGACUUUUCUCAGUCACAUCUCUACGGCUCAUUUGUGGGAAAGCUGCUUCAUUGUGCUCUGAGAUGUCUGAGAGCAUGACAGGCAGGAUGCUUUCCAAACUAACUGCACCAGUGAAAACACUGAAGAAAGAGCUUCAUGUCAAAUGUAAUGCUCACCAUGUAAUGUGGUGUCACUUUGAUUUUAGUACCAUCUGAGCCGAAGCAUCACAAUCAGGACAGUGUCACACCUGCAGCACCAAACAUGACCACAGCCAGAACUUCAGAAACUCAAAGCUUUCAGCAGUGACCCUCUGUCCUUGGAAGAGAUGUUUACUCAUCUUUAUACUGGGAGAAGACUGCACUGUGCUUCUUUAUUCUUAUUGAAUCAAACCAGAUCACCAAAUGUCACAUUUUGCAUCCUUACUUAGAAGAAUCUCCAACAUAGUAACAGCUUCAAAAUACAAAAACUGUAUUGUUGAGAAUCCAACAUUGAAAACACUUCUACCUGAAUAUCUUCAAAUCUUCUGUAAUAACAGAUGAUGUUGUAGGCCAUUGAGAAAAUGCGUUUGAACUAUUUCUUGAGCUCUCUGCUCACUGCGACUGCUCUAAACUUUGAUAUUAAACAGUUUGCAUAAAAAUUUAAACAGCAGGUUGGUCAACUUGUUUAGUAACACUUCAAAAGCAAGAGGUCAAAAAGCCCAGACUCCCAUUGAGCACUUGUGGCUUUGAUUUAAAACUGAUUCAGCACUUUCUUUUUUCUCUUUUUGUUACAAUAAUUCUGUUUUUUUUUUUUAUCGGGGUGACACAAAGAGGUCCUAUAACCAGUCAUAUAGAGAGGGAUCCCACACAAGUGGCGCCAUUGGAGCAGCACCCCAACUUUUCAAACUGUCUCCGCUCAUGGCUAAACACAGAGUGGGAAAAAAAGCAUCAAAGAGAAAGGACCCCGACCAUCACUUCCAACUCCCAAGAUUCCCCUCUGUUCCUUCAGAAAAGGAGCCCUCCUUUUUUUACAAUCAAACGGCCAGGCUAGGAUUCCUGACAUUCCUCAAACUGAAAAGAGUCGGCUAAAAUGUCUGCAUUGGCUUGGGAGCUCUGUUGUACAAAUUGCAGCGGUAUUGUCUUUGCAGUGCAUGUGUGUAUGUGACGUUUUGAAGGUGGUCAUUGUUGAUGGGUCCCAGGCAGCAGCCAGUGCCCCUCCUCUUCACUGUCUUCGCAUUCCUGCUGCAGCAGCCUCAGAGGUGCAGAGUAAAUUGGGUGGACGUGCAGCAGGUUGCAUGGCUCCCCUCUGUUUGUUUUAGCAAGUAAAAACCUCAGCAGGGCGUCUUUUCUCUACCUGUCUGACGCCUUUUGACAAGAGGGCCUGUUUCCCAGCGCGUCCCCAGGCCCCUGUUUAGAGCUCAGACUAAACUUUACAAGAGCCUCCAACCUCUCCUGUCACAAAACACACACACACACACACUACUUUUCUUUCCCCAGACUAAAGGAUAAUACCCUGAGCCUCUUCUUGUUUUUCUUCCACAUUGUCAAUUCAUUAAUGAUUCCUUUCGCAAUUUGUAUGAGUGUGUGUGGCCCCUAAAGCCAACCUGACUCCUGCAGUGAGACCAGACAGGCUGAAAUCAGGACUUAGACCCUGUGUGUCACACAGCCAGCAGCCCCUUCAUAACAAUCACUAAGUCUGUGCCCCCUAUGGCCAACAGUCUACCCAUCUCACAAAGUAGCUGUAGCUCAAACUGCUUCAUUCGCCAUCUGUGAAUUAUAAAGCUCUCUAAACCAAUGAUUUUCAGUCUAUGCAUUAGACUGCAAGAACUGGUCUUGUCAGAGCCACAUCUUGGGUUCUCUCAUAGUUUGACCAGGUGGGACAGUUUUUUUGUUUGUUUUUUUGUUUUAGUCAAAAAAAUGUAAAACGUUGAGCAUUUUCUCCCCAGCACACCAUGUUGUGAUUUUGUUCAUUAUUAAUCUACCUUUUCUUCACAGUCAGAAUUUGCUUUCAGGUUUUAAGGUAUUCAUUGAGGCAUGAUCCAGUUAGACUCUCCUGUCUGACCAUGGGGAUGGUCUAGAUCCUCACCAAAGUGCCUGUCACCCAAGUGCAUCCUACUGCAAGUCAUUAUCACACCGUGUCUAGGUCUGCCAAAUUUACUGGCUCUAUGCUUCAGUUUUGCCUUGCCACCCUUUUGCAACCCUGAAUUCAACAAACUGGAACUGUGCUGUUUGUUUGUGCAUGUCAGAGUGUGCGUGCGUGCGUGCGUGCGUGUGUGUGACGCUCCAGCUGUGUCAUGUAAUGUGAAAUGAAAACACACACUAUGACACCAAUAUUAGGCCUAAUGGAGUGUAAUAUGUGCUGACAAAUGUGUAGUGAUGGAAUAACUGUUUGUACAUGUUUGUGGAGUAGCAGCAGCAUGUGAAAAGCUUUUUUCUCUCCAGGUUAGAAUUCCAGAGGUACAGAUUUGUGGUUGCUACAUGUGCUCCAAACUCUUCCCCUAUACUUUUUGAUUCUAUUACUAUUCAAUACUAUAAUAAUACUUUUGUGAUAUUUUAUGACAACAAUAAUGGUGAAGCGAAAAUCUGAUAUCAUGAGAGCUUGAGUUGGAGGACUGAGAGCGGCUGUUUUUGUGCAAAAAUUUAUUCAUAAUGAUAGACAAACAUUGAAGAAAGGAGAAUCAUACUUAUCAUGAAUCACAGAGGCUUCUUGGCCUCCAAGGCUACCGUCCCUACACUGACACAAGGGGUGAGCAGGGGAGCAUUCCAACCUAAAAUCUCAGCCUUAGAUAUUUCUAAAUAUUCCCAUUUUGAGACAGCAUACCUUUGACUGUUAUAUCAGAUAUUGGCAACAAAACAUUAAAUGCAUGACAUGGUCUAAUAGUGUGUUGUAUUAAAUUCCAAAAAUCUCAUCUGAUAUAUCCUGAUGACCUGGACAGUGUAUGGUACACUCCACCCUUGGACCUCUGCAGCGAAACCAUCUUGAAUGUUCUCCUGAGUGGAGCAGGAUCCUUUUCAAGACAGUUUGUGUGUGAUGGUUGUGAUUCAGCCAGUCAGCUAUGUUUGAGAGGCCAGACUCAGGUAUUCACCAAUAUGGACCCAGACAAGCCAUAGAAAGGCUGGUCAGAUAAGAGCAUUGAGCUGCCGCUCACUAACAGAUACAGUCAUUUGAACAGAUUAUAUGCCUAUGCCUCCAUCCUGUAAUCACAUGCCGCCCAUAAAAGUCGGUGACCUACCAAUUUGCGAAGUCCCUGCUGUUUUGCACUGCACACUAACUCAUCCUAUGGUGCUAUUACUGGCUUUAAAAUCUGAGCACAGAUGUCAGGUUCAUUUUAUGGAAACCUAGCUUUAAUUUUCCUCUGUUUUAGACAGCUCUGUCAGUGCAGCUCCAGAUUAUAAUCAUCCUGUUUGAAGUUUUCAGGCUGAAGGUUAUAAAUUGAUGAUCUCAUUGGGUUAGAGUGCCAGUGCUAUAAUGGAGACAUCAUUAUUUAGUUAUGAAUGAACAGGCAUGUAUCCUUUUGACUUGAAUGAGUCUCUUUUUGUGUGGUAUGUGCUAAGCUCCAUGGUUUUAGUGGUAAGAGGAAAACGAGGGGUCAGUACCCCACACAGACACAAACUCAGCCUCAUCACAGACUCCCCAUUGGCCCGGGCUUAGUCAUGAGACCCUGGCAAUGGGAAAGCUCUCACCCAAUAAGGCGCCCUGUGGGGAAAGCCCUGGUCCAAUAAGAAGGCACCCUGGGGUAAGGCUGGGGGAUUACCAGCUCAAGCCUGCGGAUUGAGCUCCAGGGCAAGGGAGGGGGGCACGAGUCGAAGCGCAGGGCUGCUCGGUCGCCAAGGCCAGCAGCCUCUUUUAAAUGGUUGCUACGGGGCAGGUAUCAAACGUGCGGGAGUUGCACACAGUCACGGUCAUGGAGGGUAUUAAAUGGCAACAAAGAGACAGUUAUUCUGCAAUAAUCCACCCCGCUGAGUUCAAGUUAUUCUCCAACAAUCAAGAGGCAAGGAGCGAGCGGGACAGAGCUGUGAUCACAAGAGCAUGGUGCUGCAGAGCCUGACUGUCACUCUCUCUUUCACAUACACACAUGCACAUACACAUACACACACAUACACAUACACAUGCACGCACACGCAUCACUUCAGCCCGGUCACUUCAUUCUAACUUUCUAACAUUCUAACUCAGAUGCCACACAGAAUACUCAGGGAUAAGUAAUUCCUAAAAUGUCAAACAACAGAUCAGUUUCUGUAUUUUAUGACUGAGUCCUGCUCUAUUCUUUUUAUUGAACAGCUUGAUCUUAUUUCUCACAUUUUUUGAAUGGUAUUAAAAUCUCCUCUUUUAUUCUUCUCUCCUCCUGAAGGCUGGAAUGUGUGAGCAGUCUGGGGUCGGAGUUUCGUCGAGGGGCUGGAGUGUUGGAUAUGGUGUUUGAGUCUCCCUACCAGCUGUUCACCUGUGGCUACGAUACCUUCAUUCGACUGUGGGAUCUCCGAUUAAACCCACAGUAGGUCACGGUUUCUCUGAUGUCAGACUCCUGAACAUUGUACCAUCAGUAGCUCUUAUAUUAUGUCUCAAAUGCUGAAUAAUUAUUCUACCCUGCAGUUGCUUGUGAAGUCACAGUGUAUGUUAGUGAAUCUGGGAUGUGUUUGUCUAACAGUGACACCUACAGAGCUUCUCUGAACAUCACUUCAGCCUCUUAGCUGAAUACAGGCUUGAGACCAGAGGCACAGAUGAGGAAACUCAGUGUCCUGGUCUCUUUGUAGCCAGGACUGUUACAAACCAAGUCUACAAAAGAGCAAAGGAUCAAACAGGGAUAUAUGUGAGUUUCUUUGUGACCAUUUUGAAAUGGUUGACUUCGUUUAUGGUCAUACAAGGUUUAGGUUUGGUCAAAGCUCCCGUGAUUAUUUUCAGCUGGUGAAACAUUAAUGUGACCCAAAAAAAAGACAAAUAAUGGCAUUUAUAGACAGCAGGAGGAGAUUUUUGGGGGGCUAAUAACACUAGUUACACAUGUGCUGAACAAAAUCAGUCUGAACCAGUCAUUGAAGAACAACAUGUGUAGUGAAUCGUCCAAGUGAGGUCCAGAUCAAUCAGUGGAAAUGGUUUUAAGGAUACUGACAUGAAAACAACUAAACUGUCUGUAGAACUGUCAGUGCCCAAACACUGGAGUCUGGUCUAUUCAUUCAGCUGUGCUGCCAUCACCGUUUUGGUUGCAUUUUCCGUAGUUAUACAGAAGUGGUUAAAGGUUGAAGCGCUGGUCGCUGGUGUUUUAACCAUUCAACUAUCUAACAUAGCUUUCUGGUGUUUAUUUAAGUGUUGAUAAAGGUUCGUAGUGUUACCUCCUGAUGUAGCAACAGCAGCACGACAGGUUCUGCACACAUUGCACAGCAGCACCUUUUUUUAGCCAAAAUAGAUCCACACAACUGGUACAAAACUUUCUGCAGUGUCAGCCUCUGUAGCGGAAUUAGGCCAUAGUGCGACAGAAUGCAUAUUUGACUUCUUUCUCUACCUGCUCUGCUUCUGGUCACAUGACCAGUCAAAAUCGCAGCCUGUGCGGUUAGAAAAUUGUGUUUUAUCGUAUCGUGAUGUAAUCAAAUAUGCAAUUAAUUAUUCAGCCCUAGUAAAAGGGUCUCUGGUCAUUUCAUCAGGACUUUAGACUCCUCAUAGCAGUAAGUCACGUUUCUGAGUUGUAUGAUCACAAUGCCAAGUAAAUGAUUUAUUCUGGUAUGAAGUGCCUCCACCAGUUUCUUGAAGGCUGUCUGUCACAGACCGACAGUAUAUCUCAAUGAGCCCUACAGCUGGCUUAUAUUACAGCAUCUUCCUGCACACAGUUCCCUGUUCAUGUGAAUAAACCUCAUAAGAAGAAUAAACCUCGUGUUUUUCCUUUUGAUGUUCUUCCCUGAGGAUUGAAUUCUUAUAAUAACAUGAAGAAGACCAUAGUAUACGCAAUAGUUCGCAAUAAUCUGUAGUGUCCCCUCUGCUGUAGCAGCCCCUCUCCUCAUUGCAAGUCUGCAGGGUCUUGAGCAUGUUUUGAGAGGGCUGCUGCCUUUAUUCAAGGCUUUGAGGGGUUUCAGGCUGCAUUUGAGGAAGAUCAGUCAAGUAAGACAAAUCAGAUCUGAUUGGCAGAUCACUCUGGGGAUUCUGAGUUGGGUUGGGUUUGGGUGAAGGUGGCAGAGGGGGGUCCCUCUUUAGGCAUCAAUAAUUCAUACGGUCAAACCUUAUUGGCCUCAAAAGGCUCCCAGGGUCAUCCAGGAGGACCAGGUUGUCUGAAAGUUGCUGCUCACCAAUAGAGGAGGAAGAAGAAGGAGGAGAAGAAAUUCACUGUUAGACAAAAAAAAAUAGAUUCUGUUUGUCCUGUGGAGCUUCAAAGAUCAAAUCUAUGAUCAGUUUUAUUUUUUAAUUGUCAGUAUAAACUUUUCCCCUAGAGGGGAAAAAAUACCUGGUAUUACAUUCAGACUUUUUUUUUACCAGGUGGUAUCAUUAUAUCAUUGAUAGAUCUGUCGUGUUAUAAAAUAUAACGGUUUCUAACAUUAUGAUUAAAAAAACUUUUAAAGACAGACAUAGCAGGACUGAAUGUGUGUGUCCUGGUGGUACUGAGUCACGCCAUGAAAACAUUUAACUACAACUCUUCAGUCUUCCUUCACUCAUGUGUAACAUUUGUCUGAAACUACCAAGCAUUAGAAAUGCAUUAUAUGCUGCAGAACACAUGCUUUAACAUCUCAACAAUUCAGUGGGAGCAGAUUAUCAGACAAAGUGUGAAAUAAUCCCUAAUGACAGUCAGAUUCUCAUUAGGAUCACAUGUAUUUGUGGUGGGGUACUGCUUCAAAGGAGAGGAAAAACAACAAUUGAACCUGGGUGGAAAGUUCUCUGGUGGAGGUGUAAGACGCUCUGACAAUUAUAGAGUCUGGUAAAUAAUUCAUUGCGCACAUCUUGACCUCUUUCUAAUUCACACUCUUUGUGUCUUUCUGCUAAGUGAUAAUCUACUCUCAUUCUCAGUGUUAGUUAUUAAAUCUCUCUGAUACUUGGAGUAUCAUCCAAAUGAAAUUUUAAAUCAUGAGUAAUUAAACUGGUUUUCAUGAUGUCUGCUUGAAUUAGGGAAUGCAUUCACAUAUAUCAUGUGGGUGGAUGGAUGGAUGGAUGGGUGUGGGUGUGUUGGUGUGAGAGAGAACCUCCAGACAUCUCGGCUGCCCCUUUGUCUACCCCUGGUGUCUCUCCAUCACUUAUUGAUGAGGCUGCACUAAUGGAGGAUCGAUGUCUAUUGGCAGAAAAUACUUAUCCCCAAAAUACUUCCCCUCUCUUAACCACAGCCACCACCUCCCUCCUCUCAGCUCCCUGCUGCACACACACACACACACACACACACACACAGGGACACACAUUCACUCUCUUGUUAACUACAGUAUUGGGUUUUCCUCUGAACAAGAGAUGGAAUUUCUGUGUUUUCUACAAACCUCCACCAAGUAGACUCAGAGAUGAUGUCUUCUCUGUAAUGUGAAGGGUCAGACUAUUUAAUACUUUCUUUUUAAUUGUAACUACAAUUUUUAGUCUUUCUUAGACGUAAUGUUUUAUUUAGAUUUUAUUUAGGAUUUCCUAAAAUCUUACUACCACAUAAAAUUCUAUCAGGAGUAAUGCUUAUGCCUGAGUUAUGUCAUUCUUAUAAUAUUCCAGUCAUCAUCUUUUGAAGCAGUUUGUUUUAGUUGAUCAAUGUCACGAUGAAUGACAUAGUCACGAUGAAUGUUUACCACUCACCGCUCACAGUCAGUAUGAUUCACGUUGUGUGUUCAUGUCUGGAAAUUUGUCUGUAGUGUGGCGGACAUCACACUGUGACUGUUCAAUAUGUGGUCCAGAACUACAGUUACACAAACUCUCAAAGAAUAGAGCCAUGAACAACAAACAUUCACAAAUUCAGAUAUAAAAAAAAAAAACUUUGCUCUUUGGCUUAACGACUGUAUAAACUCUACCAUCCUUCUCAACAGGAAGUGUGUGAUGGAGUGGGAGGAACCUCAUGACAGCGCCCUUUACUGCAUCCAGACAGACGGGAAUCACAUGAUAGCCAGCGGCUCUUCAUACUACGGAGUGGUUAGAUUUUGGGACAAACGGCAGCCUGAGUGCCUGCAGGUGUGUACAAUGUGUCCUCAGGAUGAAUCUAAUGACAGGGCUUUGUUAAAGAGAGCACAGUGUCUCACAGUAGGUAGGGAGCAGGUUCAGACUCUAUCUUAGGAUCUGAUUUUUGAUAUAAAACUGUGAAUUAAAGGGCUCAUCCUGUGUUUUCUGUGCAGUUCUUCCAGCUGAGCUCUGACCCAGUGAGCAGCCCCGUGUACUGCCUGAGGUUCAGCAGCUCUCACCUGUAUGCAGCUCUGGCCACCUCCUUGCACUCACUGGACUUCAGACACAACCCUGUCAGCAUCAGAUGACACACACGAAUUCUUUUUGAAUGAAUUUUUGCAAUCAUUCUGUUUAUUUUUACAGUAAAUUUGGUCACAAAAAGUUCA